CUGCCUCGGUGAAACGUCAACACAACGCAAAACCACAACCAAAACAAACGUAAUCACUUGCGGCGUCCGUGGUCGUGGUGCGAGUUUCCAAAUAUGUUGCAAAGUACGCGAAAGUUCGCCUGGCACCUGCGUGCCCUUGCAGCCGUGAGCUGCGGGCGUACGUUCACCGGCAGUGCCUUCCGCCCAGGUACGCUGGCAAGGCACCCGAGCGGCAGCAGGCAGCUGCUGGCCAGCCCGGCCACGCUGGCCGCCAGCCGGCGCAGCAUGUUCAUCCAGACGCAGGACACCCCCAACCCGGACAGCCUGAAGUUCCUGCCCGGCGUGCCCGUGCUGGAGAAGGGCCAAACGAUGGACUUCCCCUCGGUGUCGGCCGCCCAGUGCAGCCCGCUGGCCAAGCUGCUGUUUCGCGUCGAGGGCGUGCGGGCCGUGUUUUUCGGCGGCGACUUCGUCACCAUCUCGAAGCAGGAGGACGCCGAAUGGCGCAUCAUCAAGCCGGAGGUGUUUGCGGUGAUAAUGGACUUCUUCGCGUCCGGCCUGCCGGUGGUGACCGACGCGAAACCGAACCCGGACACGCAGUUCAACGAGGACGACGACGAGACGGUGCAGAUGAUCAAGGAGCUGCUCGACACGCGCAUCCGGCCGACGGUGCAGGAGGACGGCGGUGACAUCAUCUUCAUGGGCUUCGAUGACGGCGUGGUGAAGCUGAAGAUGCAGGGCUCCUGCUCGUCCUGUCCGAGCUCGAUCGUGACGCUCAAGAACGGCGUGCAGAACAUGCUGCAGUUCUACAUCCCCGAGGUGGUGUCGGUCGAGCAGGUGACGGACGAGGCGGACAAGGUGGCGGAGCAGGAGUUUUCCCGGCUGGAAAAGCAGAUCCGCCAGAAGGACGAGGAGCCGCCGGCGGAGAACAAAACCUAGAGCGCUGGCGGCAAUGGCCAGCUGUGGGGUGGAUUGAUAUUUUCGUUAUUUUGUUGUUAGCUUAGUGUUUGGUUGGAAUUAAAGAAAUCUAACUCGGUUUUUAGAGCCGCUCAGUAAAUCACCUGGGCUGUAUUAGUGUAGCGUCUAGUGUACAAGAUGAAAAAUUUAAUAUCACCUGCAACUUCGAAGUUUCGCUUCAGUCCAGAGUUGUCAAACGGAUGUGACCCGCGACCACUUGAGCCAAAAUUUAUUUGUAGAAGCAUUUCUGCUUCAAUAGUACAUGUCAGUCAAUUCCGGACUGCUGACAUAUGAAGAGAUUUUCAAACUUCGCCGGUUUCUCUAUGAAUUGUCCGGAUUAGUCUACAUUCUCUCUACGCAUGUAUGUAUAAAAAAGAUACGAAUUGCUUGUUGAAGUCAGAGAAGGAAAAUCAAAUACGGUUAUUUUGAUGAAACUGAGCUUUCAAUUCCGCACAAUUGUAGUAAAACGGUUAAAAAAUCAAUGGAAAUUAUGUUAUACCCUUUCCGAUGAUUAAAUUUGUCAGUAACUGUUGUGGUCACGAAGUGGAAGGCUCCCUACAUUCGGCGUUAAGGACGUAUGCAGCCACUGAGUGACUGAUGAGCGGUUAGCAGACGAGAGAGCGCCAGACGCUCGUGGGACACCGUCGGGAACACAAGGGCUGAUCGUGUAAUAAAGUAUUGUGUAUUGUUUAUUA